AUGGAAGACCGAAAGGCCGAAUCGACCAUGUUCUAUUUAACAGAUAGGCCUUUCGAACACUUAGAAAAAUUGUCAGAUUAUCGUGUAAGUUCCUAUAUAUCGGCAUCACCUUCUCCCUCUCCGGAGAACUAUAUAUAUGACGCUUCUCCCCAAAUUUCAUUGUCGGUUCCUCCCCAAAUUUCAUCGUCGGUUUUUAACGUCUUGUCUUAUGGUGCGUUGGGUGAUGGUAUAAGUGAUGAUACGCUGGCGUUUAAAACAGCUUGGGACCUGGCUUGCCGAGCUGCUGCCCCUGCCGUUUUCCUCGUGCCCGGUCGUUACACUUUCUUGAUCCAGUCCACGAUUUUCACUGGCCCGUGUGGAAAUGGAUUAGUUUUUCAGAUUGAAGGAAACAUAAUUCCACCGGACGGGCCCGGCUCAUGGCCGAAAACAUACAGUAAGAGGCAAUGGCUGGUUUUCUAUAGGGUAAAUGGGAUGACAAUGCAAGGAGGUGGGGUCAUUGAUGGAAAAGGAGAUAAAUGGUGGAAUCUGCCCUGCAAACCUCACAGGGGGGUCAAUGGAACAACGGUACCUGGUCCAUGCGACAGCCCAGUUGCUAUAAGAUUCUAUGGGAGCUCCAAUUUGACAGUACAAGGGCUAAAGAUUAGAAACAGCCCACAGUUCCAUCUCCGGUUCGACAACUGUGACAAUGUCCGUAUCGACUCUUUGUACAUAAAAUCGCCGGCCACAAGCCCCAACACCGAUGGGAUUCACAUAGAAAACAGCAAUGAUGUGAAGAUAUAUAACUCAAUCGUUGCCAACGGUGAUGACUGUGUGUCCAUUGGAGCAGGUUCAUACAAUGUAGACAUAAGGAACAUAACAUGUGGUCCUAGCCAUGGAAUAAGCAUCGGCAGCCUAGGCAUGAAGAACUCGAGGGCGUGUGUGUCCAACAUCACAGUCUCGGACUCUGUAAUCACCCAGUCGGACNNNAUAAAGACCUGGCAAGGCGGGUUCGGAUCCGUCUCCGGAGUGGCAUUCGCCAACAUCCGAAUGGAGAAGGUGCGAAACCCCAUCAUCAUCGACCAGUACUACUGCGACUCAAAAGGCAGCAGAUGCCCCAACCAGACGUCGGCCGUGUACGUAACCGGAGUCUCGUACACGGACAUCAAGGGCACGUACGACCCGCGUGGCCCGCCCGUGCGAUUCGCGUGCAGCGACACGGUGCCGUGCACGAACCUCACGCUCCGCGCAGUCGAGCUGUCCCCAGCAGCAGGCAUUGGCAAGGCCGGUCGGUGGGGCGCCCCAUUCUGCUGGAGUGCGUACGGAGAUGACGGGAAAGUCCUAUGCCUGGCCGACGGGUUGCCGGAGUUGUUGCCGGCGAGUGAUGCCAACAAAUGCUGA